AUGGCUAGGGAGCUAGAUGACAUACAUAUUGUCCUCGGUAAAAAACAUUAUCGCUCCUCCGUCAGCACCUUAUCUCAGUCAAGGUGGAAUUCCACCGUGGAACAGCUAAUCGACUCUUUUGGCGAAUCUCCCCUCCGCUCCAUACGGUUCCUCGAAAACCUAAGCAACCUAUCUAAGGAAGAUGUCCAGUGGUCUGUUGCACGAGACGCCAUCAUUCAUGCGCGUCAAAACCGCUCCAACGGUAGUAACGAAGCCCUCCCAUAUGCCCCCAAGGAUGUAGAGAGAGCCGCGCAGAGCCUUGGGCAUCCCAUCAAAACUCGUUGUAAUAGGAAGCGCGACGCUGAUGUCGCACCUGCGCCGCCGCCAAAACGCCAUUGCCCCGGUGAAAAGCACAGCGACGUGCCGUCGGUUCUCCGGGGCUUUGGUUUCGACCCGGACCGCAUCCCUGCUCUCGCUGCCUUUCUCGAGGCGCCCCUCGUCAAAGACAGCAGCGCCGUGGAGCCGACGCUGGAUACCGAGCGCCCGCAGGUAUCCCCGUGGCAGCACUGGAAUCGAGAGCACACUUUUACGGACGUGUGCAAGAGCAUCUUGGCCGAUGUGAUGGAUCCCGGCAAGGGUCAGGUCUGGUGCGCUGAUCAGGAGCUGAAGCCAUCCGACGCCGACAUCCAACAGGAAAAGUCAAGUAUCAUGACAUCCAUAAUGAUGCCAGACACCAGCGCCGACUCCUGCCCCCGCUCGUACAUCAUGAACGCGCCUGCGCAACGCCUUGAGUCGGACAGAGCAUUGCCGCAGACGCUCGGAAAGCGCACGAUGCUGGAAGUCCAGGAAGCGAGCGCCAACGUGACGCCGCGCGGCGUCUUUGUAGAUCUGCACCACGGCAAGCUCCCCCCCGACACCACGUACGGCAUGGAAACCCUUUGGGGCGGCCCCAAGCUCUGGCUCUUCUACCCGCCCAGCCCAUCCAACCUCACCGCGCUAGCCGCCGCGUCCGGCCAGCGAAACCGACUGCAGAGCUGCUGCCGCCACCACGAUGCGGCGGCGCAACGUCGUCGUCGGCUGAGCGGAGGCUUCGCCAUCCUGCAGCGCGCGGGCGAGACCCUGCUGCUCCCGCCCUACUGGCCGCACGCCACCUUCGCGCUCGGCGACAGCAUACUCGCCGGCCACGAGGUCUCGUUCGCGGAGGAGCUGCCGAAGGAGCUGCGGCACGUCGGACUGGACGUGACGAGGGCGGCGGCGGAAGCGGGCUCGGAGAGGGACGCCAGAGCGCAGGUGAAGAAGCACGUGGAGGGCUUGGUCAAGCGGGUUGAGAAAGCGCUGCUGGCGAAUUGCGGAGAGGAGGAGGAGAAGAAGAAGGGCACCCGCCACGCCAUCUACAGGGCCUGGGUGGCGCAGAAGGAGGCACUGGUCCCGCUGCUGGACAAGCACGACAAGGCGAACAAGGCGGCUAAAGCGUGGAUGGACGCUCUGAAAGCGGAGGGGCGGCGUGAGGCUGUCCGUCUGGUCGAGUGCCCGUUCUGCGACGAGGAGGACUUGGAUCUGGUGGCGCACAUCGACGCCGCGCACGUGAAGGGGAAGAGGCGCCGGCAGCAGUAG